ACAAUCGUAAAUAAUGAAGUUUAUUAUUGUUUUGUUUGCUGUCGUAGGUAUUGUAUAUGCCGAACAAUAUACAGAUAGAUAUGACAAUAUAAAUGUAAGUGAAAUUUUGCAAAAUAAACGUCUCGUUGUUUCGUAUGUCAAAUGCCUAUUGGACCAAGGGAGGUGUACGCCAGAGGGAAACGCACUAAAGGAGCACGUCAAAGAUGGUAUGCAGACAGGCUGCACAAAAUGUACAGAAAAUCAGAGGAGAGGAGCAAGAAAAGUCGUCCGAUAUCUUCGUGAGAACUAUGACAAUUAUUUCAAAGACAUCGUAAAGAAAUACGACCCUAAAAAUGAAUAUAAAGAAACAUACGAAUCAUUUUUGGCCUCUGAUGAUUAUUGAAUGAAACGAUCACUUUAAUAUUAGCAUAACUAAGUAUGUAUCUGCUGAUGUGAAUAUUAAACCAAUAAACAUUCACAAAUAUC